AUGAAUCAUCGUCGAGUAGGAUUGUUCCUGGCUAUUGCGGCGGCAGUUCCAUUCGAAAGCGCUGCCUUUACCACCAAUGUGCGGUAUUUGGAAUCAUCUACUGCAGCAUUGCAUGUAGCAUCCACCACUAGCAGCAGCACUCGCCUACAGUACAAACAACCAGAGGCUACUUCUCAAGACGACAAGCUCAGCACGGCCUAUGACGAUUGGUGUCAGCUUCACGGACACGCAGUGGAAGCUCCUCGCAAGGAAAUCUUUUGUUAUCAUUAUUUGCUGGCGGAACGGUUCUUUCAAAACACUGGAGUCCGGUUGGAAUUGAACGAACAUGCCGAUUUGACCGAUCAAGAAUACGCCAGGUUGCUAAAGGAAAAGUAUGGCAAGGACGACUUUCAAUUGCAACGUCCUCCGGCCAUGGAGGCCGAACAUCAACGCUUUCAAACGGCCUAUGCCGACUGGUGUCGACUACACCAGAAAGAGAUGGAUGAAUCCCGUCUGGAAAUCUUUUCCUAUCACUAUUUAAUGGCCGAACAAUAUCUGGAAGAAACUGGGACGGUACUCCAAUUGAACGAAUAUGCGGAUCGUACACGAGAAGAGUACGAACAUGUACUUUCGUUGGCCGACCAACAAAAACAAGAAUCGUCCGCGACCGCUGCUGCUGCUGUUGUUGCGGAAACUGCUACUGCCUCUACCGAAGAGCCACAACCAGUCGUUCCUCCUGUUAGGAUUGCUAGAGAAGAACCUCCACAGGCUGCUGUUGUUCCUCCAACUCCAGUCGCUCCAACCCCCCCACAGCAGCAGCAGCAGCAGCAGCAACAGCAACAGCAACAGCAACAGCAACAGCAACAGCAACAACAAGAUUAUCGUACCAAGGAAUGGUGGGAUGGAAGUGGAACUGCCUCCAAUUUUGCCGAUUGGUGGGAAGGUGGAUCUUCCUUGACUUCGGCGCGGUACGAACGAAAACCAGCAGCACGGAGUGCCCAUGCACGAUGGCAACAAACAACAACAACCAUUCAACCGUCUAGCCCAACUCCACCGAAGGAGCCACCCAGCAAGGACUUUUGGGGUUUCUUGGGCAAUGGCAAUGCUAAUGAUCAGCAUGGCGAUGAAGAACAAGGCUCUGUGGCACCAUCCAAGCCGGUGGACCACAUCUCUUCGACGACCUCUUCUUCGUCUGCCCAAGGGGCCGUGUCACCAUUUUCCAAGCCUUUUUCGUCCACCUCGAUUCCUGCCGAUGCAUCGCCGUCUUCCAUGACGUCGUAUCACCAAGACGAUACUACCCCACCAAUUUACUCCACUGAGCCACCACCGCUAUCUUCCAACCCAACCGUUACCGCAAGUGCUGUCUCGCCAUCCUCCAUGACGUCCUAUGUACAGGAUCCAGCUCCCGUGUCGAAAUCACCCGCCAAGACUCCUUUUGGUGGUAAUGGACCUGGAACAGCACCAAAGACUACUGCUACUACUAGCAGUAGCAGUGCGGAUUGGUGGGGAAGUGGAUCCAUUGCCCAAAUGAAACCUAUUGGGGAUGACACGGACCUGAAUCAGAAUCAUAGGUCACUAGGUAGUCCUCCUGGAGGAGAACCCCGAGCUCCACGACAAGGAGUUGCACCCUCUUUGGCAACGACCGACGAGUCUUUGUCGAGUGCCACUACGACCGACGAAUCAUCAUCAUCAUCUGCAUCCGCAGCUCCCAAGGAAACUGUGGUGGAUUCGUCUCUCAAUCCAGUGAACAGUGACGAUCCAGAAUCGUCUAGUACUACCGAAGCACCCAAAACUUAUUUGGAUACUCUCCACCCAGUGAGCAGUCAUCACGAAUCGUCGUCAAGUAAUGCGGCGGAAGAAUCCAAGACUUAUUUGGAUACUCUCCACCCAGUAAGCAGCUAUCAAGAAGGACUGGAGAGUGCUAGUCGACCCCACCAGCCCGCAAGGACAGAGUCCAGCGACGAUUGUUGCACCAAGGCUGGUAUUUCACCAGAAGAUUCCUCACCAACAAGCGAUUCUGCCGAUCAAGCCAACGUCGUUGCCCAAUCCAGCAGUGAUUCAAUGGAUUCAUCAUUGGACACUGCUUCAGCAGCAGACGCACAAGAAUACGUAGCGUGGUGCCAAGAAAAUGGCAAGGAACACAAUGAAGCUCGCAUGAAGAUUUUUGUGCGAAACUUGAAAUGGGCCCGGGAGUACUCGGAAGGAAGUGGUGUCGAGUUGGAGAUGAACGAGUAUGCGGAUUUGACCCAAGAAGAAUAUCAAGAGGUCCUCUCUGCUGCUGCUGAAGACGAAGAAGUGGAGGAUCCACUAGUGCUUUCUACUGAUAGAGAAAUUGGGCAACUGCAAGUGGUAUCGGCCGACGAUAGUGCUGGACCGUCCGACAAGUCGUCUGUCCUCACCAGCCGCAAGCAGCGAAGGAAGAAUAUGUAUGAAUUUCAAGAGCGACUGUUGGCAGCCAGGAUUCACAAUGAUAUCCAACUUCGAAAGCGGACCAAGGCUCUUGCAGUUCAACUACAGAAAUAUUUCUUCCAGCGAAGACUUUUGGCUGCUCGGAUUGAAUACGAUGCCAAGGCCAAGGCGACAGCUGAUGCUAUGCGAACAGAGACAAGGGAAAGCAAACAAUUCCAACCGGCAUUUGUGGAAACUAGAACUCCAAGUGAUGUCAAGGCCAAGGAACCACCUCGAGAUUUGGAAGCCGAAGCCAAACAAUUUGCAUUCCAACGAAGUCUCUUGGCAGCCCGGAUCAAAUACGAUGCUGCCGCUAGUCAAAUGGAGAAAGCGAAGAAGGAGUCUGCCUUCCAACAAAAACUUCUCAGUGCAAGGAUCAAGAAUGACUACGUUGCACGUCAGCAACGAACGGAAAAGAAACCAAUUGUGGGAGAUUCGAAAGCAGAAAAAUCUAGUGAGAGUUCCACCAAGAAUGUUUCAGCGGCAACUAGUGAUUCGAAGGUUUCCCUGCAAGAGAAAUUGUAUGAAGCCAAGGUCGACAAACACUUCUCGAAAGAUGCGAAAGUGGAAGAAUUCCCAGCAACGGAAUCCGUUGAUGAAACAGACAAGGUUAUUGAAGCUAGUGCCACUCCAGCCAAGUCCGUUGCCGAAACUGCCCGCGCAGUCGAUGAGACUAAGGUGGAAGCAACCACAGCCAAAUCCACGGGCGAAGAAGUCGAUGUUACUGCCACAUCAGUCAACACCAUCGAUGAAUCUGAUCAAACAGAAGAAUACAUCGCUGCGCCAGCCGCAAGUGUUUCAGAAACACCUUUGGAAUCGAUUGCAGAGCCGCAAAAUGAUAGUGGUUACGCAGUAUCGAUUUCUUCCUCCGAUGAACUAAUGUUCGAAUACACAAGCCCGUAUCAAGGUCUGACUGGUCCAUCCAAGGCUGGUCUGGUCCUUGCUUCACUUCUGGUUGUUGGAAUGGUCGUUACAAGUCCCGAAUUGGACCUCGCCUCACAACCUGGCUUGGCGGACUUUGCAACGUUGUCUGGCACUGCCCAACAUGCAAUGAAUGACUUUGUUCACAACGUUCAGGAAGGUUUUGCAUCAGCCACUCAAAAGUUCUUGGGUGGACUGGAGGCGAUGAAGGAUUCGACCGCUCGCAACAUGGAGAGUAUGAGCAAGGAUGUGUCUGCACCGAAAACAGACCAUACCAAAUCGUUGAAGACAGCUAGCGACAACAUGCCAAAAUGGCAAGUGCAUCGAGCCAAGGACAUUGAAGGAAUUGGAAAGGCAGCCGAAAAGUCUACACGUAUUUUGAAGGAAUCGACUGAAUCUAGCGUCAAGGCAGCGACCAAUACCAUCAAAGAAGUGAAACAAAACGCACCCUCUGCAAUCAAGACAGCGACCAAUACCAUCAAAGAAGUGAAACAAAAUGCACCCUCUGUAGUCAAGGAAAUCAAGCCAAAUGCAGUGACCAAUGUCGUCAGAGAAUUGAACCAGAGCCCAGCAGCCAGUAUCAUCAAAGAAGUGAAACCAAGCACUGCAGCGAAGGUUAUCAAAGACGUCGCACCAAGCUCUUCGACUGACCUUAGCAGCAUGCUGAGUGAAUGGAGUGCGCAACAAAAAUAA